AUGUCUAGCCUGUCCAAUAUCGAAGAUCCCGUCGGUGCUGCCCAUUCACGCCCAACCGGUGCCACCAGCACUCACCAGGCCGUGCCCAGCGCCCGACGACAUCACUAUGUGUUCCCUUGGCCGAGCCCAGCCCACGAUGCCCUCUCCAUGAUUAGCGCGCCCACCAACCAAUGCUUGCAAGUCACCUCGCCUAGUGCCCAAGGUCGCCUCGCCUGGUGGUGCCUCACCCUCAGCGACCUGAGUCUCCUUGCCUCAUCGGCGACGCCCAUAAUGCCUUGCCUUUGGCGGCUUAG